AUGAAUCCCGGUUCCCCAGCUGAGCCUCACCCCACGCCAGUCGCCAUGUCGCCGCCGCCGUCGUCGGAUGGCUUUAUCGCCUCCUCUUCGCGGGCGGGCUCGCCUAACUGCCCGCCCACGCCGCUGGAGAAGCCCUCCGCGGCUAACGUCGCCAAAGUGGAUGCGCUCAUGAAGCAGAUCGCCAGCCGCACCGCUGCCAUGGACGCUGCGACGAAGGAGAAGGAGAUGAAGAUUGUGACUGCAGCGCAGGAGUACCUCAAAGCGCUCAUGGCGAAGCGGGGGGAGGAGGUGAUGAACGCAAAGGCAAUUCACAAGGAGGAGCAGCAGGUGGGCGCUGAAAAGAUCAACGAGCACAAGAAGAGCGGUGACGUCUGGAGCGCAGUGGGCCUGCUGGUGGACUUGCAGAAGCCGAACCAGUACUCCAGGAGCACGGAGCAGAUGCGCACCGUGCUCUCCGCACUGAACGCCACGCCUGCCAAGAAGUGA